UAUUCCAAACCAUCCAAACGGCGCGAUCCCAUCAUCCAACGGUUCAUAACGCAAACAGCAAAUCAGUCGGAAACGCAAACCCACACGUCGUCGUUUUGCAUCCCUCCUUCUCCAAACUUCGUUUUCGCGCAUCAUAUUUCCCACACUCUCUGUAGGUCCUUAUAUUCGCAACAACAACAAAACUCUCAGUGAAAGCGUUUUUUCGCAGUUCUUCUUGAAAACAAUGGAAGUUUCUAAGAAGAAAGGGGUUGCGAUCAAGAAGACCAACAAUCACUGGGCUUUUCUGGAGCAUAUUGAAGCACCUAUGUGGGUAGAUUUGACUGUUGAAGCGGUCUCUGGUAGUGCAGACACAGAUGGUGAUGAUUGGUUCAACAAAAGUCAUCCGUUCCACCAAAUGUCUGCUCAAGAGUUAAAAUCCAAGUUUUCUCAGGGUGAGGAGAUAUUGGCUCCAGGAAUUGAUUUGCAAGCAGUAAAUUCGCCUGAGCUUCCUUCUUCGGUCUCGAGAUCUAGAGGCAAAGACUACAACAACAAGAAGUGGGAAGGUAUUAAUCUGAGUACUUUGUUAGAUAAACAGACUGGUAGGAGAGGCUUACAACAAUGUUCCAGCUUUGGCCAAGUGAAACCCAGAUUAAAAUCAAAUGUGAUCAGGCCAAAAGGAGCAUUGAGUGGGAAGUUUGGAUUGACUUUUGAACGGCAAGCCGGAGGAAAAACUGAGUCAAAGGCUAGUUGUAGCAAACCAAGUUCAAGUUCAGAUCGCAAGACUGGUGGAAGCUCUCCAAGAAGUACAAUUACGUCUGAGAACACUCAGAAGUAUAUGGAGGUAUCUAGCAAAGCAUGUGAUCAGAAAAUAAGUUCAUCAAUUAGGAGGGUAAGUGUUGGGAAAUGUUGUGUUACAAGAAAAAUCUCAAACAUUCAGCCACAAAAGAAAUGUUUGGGGGUAAGUAGUCAACCAUGUGAUCAGAAAAGUAGAAGUUCAUCCGUUAUUAGCGUUAGGAGAAGUUAUGUUUCAGUAAAGACUUCAAAAGUGGAGAUAGGUGAUAAUAGCACGCAAUCAAGGGGUCGUAAAUCAUCUUCUGGGAAAUCUAGUGUUGGGUCAUGUUCAAACACAAGUAUUGAAGUUAAGUUUGUAUCAAGGCAGCACAGAGAGAAAAUCACAGAUGAGAAAGGUGGGGUGACAAUUAAGCGUGCAAUUAAGAAUCGUUGCAAGCCAGGUGAAACAUCGAAGGCAUUGGCCAUUUUAGCCGAGGAAACAAAAUCUGGUAACAGAAUGGGAAGUAACAUCAAUUUUGCAAAGCCAGCAUACCAUCGAACAGCAAAGUCAUUGGUCCAGUAUCCGUCUACAAGUUCAAAGGCAUUGUUACAACACUCAGUAAAUAAAGAAAACAGUUGUAUGGAUCGUGCCAAGGCGAAACAAAGAACUACCAAGAUUAAUAGUUUAACAGUCAAGGGUAAAGAGAAUAUAACAAAGAAUGUGACAGUGAAUCGGAAAUGCAUUGCAAGAGGUGUUUCUGCAGGGGGGCAUGUUAGAAGUCAUAGAACUGAACACAACCUACAAAAGGGCGACAAAGCAGGAUCAACUUCUUUGACAAAUUGUGGAGAGAGCACCAACCAACGUGAGGCAAAGAACCCAGUUAAUCUGGCCAUGAGGAUUUACCCACGCUAGAUGAGUACAACAUUCUUUCCUCCUGGUAUAAAAAAUUAGGGAAAAAAAUGAUGGCCCCUUUCAAAAUUUUGGCUAAGUCACGUUCUCAGUGAAGCCUUAUAUUGGUUUAUGUUAGUUCAAUAGCGUAAUUCUAGUAUGGCUAUGGCCCCUCCCUGCAAUGUUGGUGAUAUAUUUUAGUUGCUCUUCUAGCUUUUAUCAUUAUCAAAUGAUCUUAUUCGGUAAUUCACUUUCACCUAUUUUCACGUACGCUAAUUGAUACAAGGAAAAUGAAACAUACUGUUACAAACCAAUAUUGACCGAUCUUGGAACCACGGUCAAUUUUUGUGAAUGGUUUAAAUAAAUCCAC